UUGAUGAAAGGGAGGCUCUUACGGUUUCGGAGGCGUUGGCUUAUUAUUACAGAGAACUUUUUGUCACUAUAUAUAGCCAGGCUAGUGAGCGUUUUUGUAAUUUUUUUUUCUUUGAAAUUUCAAUGAAAAGUAAGUUUAUUAAUACAUAAAAAAGUAUUAUAACGUGAGUCGUCUUUAGCUUUGAAGAACGCUUCGACUAGGCAUAUAGCUUGGUGGCACAAAUAUAGCACUUUUUACAUGGUGUUGAUGUUUCUAUUAUCAGUUUUGUAACUGCAUCAAAUUCGAGUCAGUUUUAGUCAUUAUUUGGCCAACAUUUUUUGAUAUAGUUUCGAUAUUUUAAGAAUUGAUACUGACUGUUAUUUGUUAAGAAAUAUUUGAAUAUCCUUCAAUGAUGGCUGAUGUAGUUGCUGCUGUGUUGAAAGUUUUAACAACAAUCGGUUUGAUUCUUUAUUACUGGCUUGAAGCUAUUUUCUUGACUUUUGUGCCUAAAAGAUUGCGUUACAAAGACAUUAGUAAAGAAACUGUACUCAUAACAGGCGGUGGUAGCGGAAUUGGUCGUCUGUUAGCACUACGAUUUGCUAAGUUGGGUACCAGAGUAGUAUUGUGGGACAUUAACCGUGAGGGAUGCGAGGAAACAGAACGCCAAGUUCGCGAACUCGGAGGGCAAGCAUAUGUGUACGACUGUGACGUCUCCGACUGUAACAGCAUCAAUAAACGUGCUGCCCAAGUAAAGCAAGAAGUCGGAAGCAUUACUAUUUUGGUCAAUAAUGCCGGUAUCGUAACAGGAAAACGAUUUUUAGACUGCUCUGAGAAAGAAAUUGUCAAGACCUUUGAAGUAAAUGCCCUUUCUCACUUCUGGAUGUGCAAGGCUUUCAUACCGGACAUGAUAGCAAAAAACCACGGCCAUCUCGUUUCCAUAGCAAGCCUUGCAGGACUGGGUGGAGUGGUGGGUCUUACUGACUACUGUGCUAGUAAGUUUGCUGCUGUGGGGUUCGAUGAAACUUUGAGGUUGGAGAUUAAAGCUGAGGGCUACGACGGAAUCAAGUCCACGGUAGUUUGUCCGUUCUUCACCAACACGGGCAUGUUCGCCGGAGCUACACCUGGAAUUUUUGGAUUUCUUAAACCAGAGUUUGUUGCUGACGAGAUUAUGUCCGCUGUUUUAACAAAUCAGGAAAUGCUUAUUAUCCCAAAGCUGUUUUACGUUAUGUACAUGCUCAAGUCGUAAGUUUUCGUUCACCAUUUUGUUAGAA